GCCUCCAUUUUCCAGGCCGCCCGCGCCGAGCCCAGCGCCCAGCCCGGCCCAGCCCGCGGCCUCCGCCGCCGCCGCCGGACAUGGCCGCCAACAUGUACAGGGUCGGAGACUACGUCUACUUUGAGAACUCCUCCAGCAACCCGUACCUGAUCCGCAGGAUCGAGGAGCUCAACAAGACGGCCAGCGGGAACGUGGAGGCCAAGGUGGUGUGCUUCUACCGGAGGCGGGACAUCUCCAGCUCCCUCGUCGCCCUGGCCGACAAGCAUGCCACCCUGUCAGUCUGCUAUAAAACCGGACCGGGGGCCGACAACGGCGAGGAAGGAGAGGUAGAGGAGGAGGUGGAGAACCCGGAAAUGGUAGACCUGCCCGAGAAGCUCAAGCACCAGCUGAGGCAUCGGGAGCUGUUCCUCUCGAGGCAGCUGGAGUCCCUGCCUGCCACCCACAUCAGAGGGAAGUGCAGCGUCACUUUGCUCAACGAGACCGAGUCCCUCAAGUCCUACCUGGAGCGGGAGGACUUCUUCUUCUACUCUCUGGUCUACGACCCGCAGCAGAAGACGCUCCUGGCCGACAAGGGGGAGAUCCGAGUGGGAAACCGCUACCAGGCAGACAUCACCGACCUGCUGAAGGAAGGGGAGGAGGAUGGCCGGGACCAGUCCAAACUCGAGACCAAGGUGUGGGAGGCACACAACCCGCUCGUCGACAAGCAGAUCGACCAGUUCCUGGUGGUGGCCCGGCGGCUGGGGCGUCUCAGUGUGUCCAGGUUGGUCCGGCCGCCCCUCCUGCUGGUCCACUCCAGUGGUCCGUGUCUCCCCUCCCCCCCCAGCUCCGUGGGCACCUUCGCGCGGGCCCUGGACUGCAGCAGCUCCGUCCGCCAGCCCAGCCUGCACAUGAGCGCUGCGGCCGCCUCCAGGGACAUUACACUGUUCCACGCCAUGGACACGCUGCACAGGAGCGUCUACGAUGUCGCCAAGGCCAUCUCGGCCCUGGUGCCCCAGGGCGGGCCUGUGCUCUGCAGGGACGAGAUGGAGGAGUGGUCGGCCUCCGAGGCCAGCCUUUUCGAGGAGGCCCUGGAAAAAUAUGGGAAGGAUUUUACAGACAUUCAGCAAGAUUUUCUGCCCUGGAAGUCGCUCACCAGCAUCAUCGAGUACUACUACAUGUGGAAGACCACCGACAGAUACGUGCAGCAGAAACGCUUGAAGGCAGCCGAAGCAGAGAGCAAGUUAAAGCAAGUUUACAUCCCCAACUAUAACAAGCCAAACCCGAACCAGAUCAGCGUCAAUAGCAUCAAGGCAGGCGUGGUGAACGGCGGGGCGCCGGGCCAGAGCCCUGGGGCCGGCCGGGCCUGCGAGAGCUGUUACACCACCCAGUCUUACCAGUGGUAUUCUUGGGGUCCCCCUAACAUGCAGUGUCGUCUCUGCGCGUCUUGUUGGACAUAUUGGAAGAAAUAUGGUGGCUUGAAAAUGCCAACCCGGUUAGAUGGAGAGAGGCCAGGACCCAACCGCAGUAACAUGAGCCCCCACGGCAUCCCAGCCCGGAGCAGCGGGAGCCCCAAGUUUGCCAUGAAGACGCGACAGGCUUUCUACCUGCACACCACCAAGCUCACGCGGAUCGCCCGGCGCCUGUGCCGAGAGAUCCUGCGCCCGUGGCACGCCGCCCGGCACCCCUACAUGCCCAUCAACAGCGCGGCCAUCAAGGCCGAGUGUACGGCCCGGCUGCCCGAAGCCGCCCAGAGCCCGCUGGUGCUGAAGCAGGCCGUGCGGAAGCCCCUGGAAGCUGUGCUGCGGUACCUCGAGACCCAUCCCCGGCCCCCAAAGCCCGACCCCGUGAAGAACGUGUCGGGUGUGCUCAGCGGCCUGGCCCCCGCCAAGUCGGCCCCCGUCAUCAACAACGGCUCCCCCACCAUCCUAGGCAAGAGGAGCUACGAGCAGCACAACGGGGUGGACGGCAACGUGAAGAAGCGCCUCUUGAUGCCCAGUAGGGGCACCUACCUGGGUCUGGCGAACCACGGGCAGACCAGGCACAUGGGACCAAGCCGGAACCUCCUGCUCAACGGGAAGGCGUACCCCACCAAGGUGCGCCUCAUCCGCGGGGGCUCCCUGCCCCCCGUCAAGCGGCGGCGGAUGAACUGGAUCGACGCCCCCGACGACGUCUUCUACAUGGCCACCGAGGAGACCAGGAAGAUCCGCAAGCUGCUCUCGUCCUCGGAGACCAAGCGCGCGGCCCGCCGGCCCUACAAGCCCAUCGCCCUGCGCCAGAGCCAGGCCCUGCCGCUGCGGCCGCCGCCGCCCGCGCCCGUCAACGACGAGCCCAUCGUCAUCGAGGACUAGGCGCCGCCGCCGCCGCCCCCUCGCGGCUGCUCGGACCACAGGCCGCGCCCCCGCCGCCGCCCGCCCGCCCGCCCGCCGCCCGCCGCCCGCCGCCCGGUUUUGGUAGUGCCCCUGCCCGCCCUCACCUGCCGAGAAACUGCGCCUCGCCUGGGAGAGCCCGGGAGCCGGCGCGGUCCCUCGCCCGGAGCGCCCGCCCGCCCGCCCAGGGGUCGUUUUUUUAGCUUUGUGUUUACUUUUUGGCCGGAGCGGAGCCGAGGAGCCGCCCCGAGUGCCUGCUCCCCGCUGGGCCUCGUGGGCCGGCCAGGAGUUCUGUUGUGUUCUGUUGAAGGUGCCAUUUUAAAUUUUAUUUUUAUUACUUUUUUUGUAGAUGAACUUAAGCUCUGUAACUUACACCCGGAAUGUUAGGGUCGGCGUGGCCAGCGGCCGGCCGAGCUGCCUGGUGGGGUGGCCCCUUGUCUUUUCAAGUAAUUUUCAUAUUAAAAAAAACAAAGAAAAAAAAACUCAUAAAAACAAAAAACCAGC